AUGAGAUUAAUCUCCGACAACUGCCCCUAUUCCCUCAACUGCUACUCCCUGCAACUUGCGCAUGCUGUCCCAGGAGAAAAAGCCCACAACUUUCUUCCUUCCAUUGAGUCAAAAAUCGGCUUCAGUUCCCUAUCAACCAGCAGUCCUGACUCAGAACCAAAAGAACAGAGACAUCGUUCUAGCACCAGCAAGCAAUCACCCAUGGCGGCGUUCUCAGCCUCGACGACCACUGCAUACCUCGCCAGUUUUGCUUCCUCCAAUCAACCUUCUUCACCGUUGAAGCCUUUCCAGCUUCCCCUCAUCUGGCCAUGGCAAAAGGUGAAGAUGGGUCCGAUGACAGUGUCUCCAAUGGGGUUUGGUACCUGGGCAUGGGGGAACCAGCUUCUUUGGGGAUACGACCAAUCCAUGGACGCCGACCUUCAGCGCAUUUUCAAUCUGGCCGUGGGGAACGGGAUCAAUCUCUUCGACACGGCUGAUUCUUAUGGGACUGGGAAGCUGAAUGGGCAGAGUGAGAAGCUCCUCGGCAAGUUCAUAAGAGAGUAUCCAGGGAAGGCAAGAGAUGAUAUUGUGAUUGCUACCAAGUUUGCUGCAUAUCCAUGGCGGCUGACCCCAGGCCAGUUUGUGAAGGCCUGCAAGUAAUGCAUGCUUCAAUAGCACUUUGAAAGUUGAGUGAUGUCUUGGACUCUUGGUGCCACAAUUGUCUUAAAUGAUAGGGCUUUUGGCUUCCAGGGGAUCGUUGGAGAGGCUGCAAAUUGAGCAACUUGGCAUAGGACAGCUGCAUUGGUCGACUGCUAACUACGCUCCCCCUCAGGAAUUGGCGCUCUGGGACGGCCUAGUUGCCAUGUAUGAGCAGGGUCUAGUUAGGGCAGUGGGAGUGAGCAACUAUGGACCGAAGCAGCUCGUUAAGGUUCACGAUUACCUCAAAACUAGAGGAGUGCCGUUAUGCUCAGCUCAGGUUCAGUUUUCAUUACUGAGCAUGGGAGAAGAGCAGAUGGAGAUCAAAGAAGUGUGCGACAGUUUGGGGGUUCGUCUUAUCGCUUACAGUCCGUUAGGUCUUGGAAUGCUGACAGGGAAAUACACAUCUUCCCAGCUUCCGGUUGGACCCAGGGGGCUGCUAUUUGGUCAAAUUCUUCCUGGACUGCAGCCUCUGUUGAAGGUGCUCUCGAAAAUUGCAACGAAGAGGAGGAAAACCAUACCGCAGGUUGCAAUAAAUUGGUGCAUCUGCAAAGGCACAAUUCCAAUUCCAGGGGUGAAGACUGUUCGACAAGCAGAGGAGAAUUUGGGAGCUCUUGGGUGGAGGCUAAGCUUGGAGGAGCAGAUUGAGCUAGAAUAUGCUGCAUCCAGUUCGCCAAGGAAAAUGAUCCAAAAUGUUUUCCAGACGAGAUAAUAUCAUGAUUCAUGACGACUCGGACUCGGAUGCAUACAGACCUACCAUCAUAAGCUCCCGGAACAAUGAUUGUUACUAAAUUCCCUAAGACGAGCAAGUCAUGGAUCGUACAAAAAGAACAACGACAACAAUGUGUAAACACGAAGUUAUUAUCUACAACAAAGAACCAUUCAUAUUUCAUAUACAUCCUGUGAAAUCUGACAAUAACCUAAUGGCUAAUAUCAUAGAUCGUUCAUGAAAUCUGCAUUCCAGUUGGGAAGUGUAUUGUUUGCACACAUAAUACACAGCAAUUCUCACAGCUGAGAACGAACAAGAACAUAGUAGCAUCUGAUGUAAUGAUCAGCAUAGGUGUCGAGCCUUGAAAGAAUAGAGAACAAUCCUGUACUCCCCACCAUUUCAACAUCACUCAUUUUAUAUCUUUAAAGUACCAUUCUAGAGAAUUAGAUUUCAAAGUAAAACAGCACUGAAUUGCAUUAAGAUUUCAGUAAUAGUGUACUGCCACAACAGAUCGAACAAAGAAACCAGUACUAGCAUUCGAGUCAUGAAACUAAUACACCAAAAUUUCUGACAGCAACAAAACAGAAUAUCCAGUAACCUAACAGUAACUGCAUCCCAGCAUCCAGACUAACAAUCUACUUGAUCUUCUUCUUCGGCCUCAGCUGCAGUUGCUGUGUCCACACUUCUUCUUCCUGCAGUUGACAGCACGGGGGUGGAGACGCGCAUAGCACCUGUAUAGACAUCAUAUCCAACACAUGAUUAUUACCAGAUCAAAUAUCAAACACGCAACAGAACGCAUUGAGAGAAGCACAACAGUUACAUGAGUUGAAAAGAGCAAACGUUAAUUGCACCAUUACUAGAACAGACUAGCAGCUUCCACCAAAUAAAGAAACAUAGAUCAAGUCGAUAAAAGAUUAAGGCCAUUCAUUAGACAGAAAUGUGUAGCUUCAAUAGUUCAGAAUAUAAAGCAUUUCCUUCCUAAGCUCUAUUACAUGGUUCAACAACCAAACUAAAGCAUUACAGUAAAUAGCCUAGGUAAAUGAAACUCUCAACUUACCCAGAUCAAUUCAAUACGCUAGUAGCCACUAGGCAAACCUAUAGACAGUGCUGAAGAUUGUUCAAUAACUCUCAAUAAUCCAAAUUUACAAAAUGUCCCAGGAAGCCCAAUAUGCUCAUGUAUUCGGUAAUGCGGAAGACAAUAACUCAGACGGGCAAUACAUGAUUAAAGUAAGAAAACAUAUAUGAAGUAGACACCAAGUAAUCACUGUGGAGUCUCAAGAGGAUAACAACUUACUUGCGGCAGAUCAUCUUCUCCUGGUUAUACUUCCUGGCCAAAGCCAUCAACGAUGGCUCGAUAAUGCCACCACGAAGCCUCAGAACCAAAUGAAGAGUCGAUUCU